AUGCAGAAUCCAAAUGGACAUAACUCGCCUCGACUGAUUCGUGUAGCUUCUGAGCCCGUGUGGCAAUAUGUGGUGGACAAGGAGGAGACUGCGUCUCCGCGACCCCUGUGCUCGACCUUGCGGAGAAACUCAUCCUCGCCCUCGUUAUACGCGUCAGUCUUGGAAGCUCGAAUGAAGCUGGCAGAGCUCAAGGCAAAUGUCCCAAAGAAGGAAUGCGAGAAGAUGCAAGUUGAGGAGAAACCUGCAGUACAUGCGACUGGCGAUGGCUUCUGCCGAGAGUGA